AUGAGAGGGGUGCGGGCUCCCGCGAUCCUGCUCGGCGGAGGGGCCGCGCUGCUCCUGGCGCUGCUGUGGAUGCCGGCGCUGCCGCCUUCGGCCUCCCGCCUCCUCUCGCUACCCCGAGCCCUGAUGUCCAUGGCGUCAGGAAGCCCCCCGGCCCAGCCCUCGCCCACCUCGGAUUCGGGUUAUGUUGCCGGCUCGGUCUCUGCAGCCUUUGUCACCUGCCCCAAUGAGAAGGUCGCCAAGGAGAUCGCCAGGGCGGUGGUGGAGAAGCGCCUGGCAGCCUGUGUCAACCUCAUCCCUCAGAUCACAUCCAUCUAUGAGUGGAAAGGAAAGAUUGAGGAGGACAGUGAGGUGCUGAUGAUGAUUAAAACCCCAAGUUCCCUGGUUCCAGCUUUGACAGAUUUUGUUCGCUCUGUGCACCCAUACGAAGUGGCCGAGGUGAUCUCGCUGCCCGUGGAGCAGGGGAACUCCCCGUACCUGCGUUGGGUGCACCAGGUUACAGGAUCAGCUUCCGACUCCAGCACGGUCCCCCCAUGA